AUGGUAAACGGAGUAGUUUUUAGCGAUAGACAGGAAAGAAUUUCGUACACACCUCCAGCGAGCCCGGUACCAAAUUACACUUCCUCGUCACCACUACAUGUCCCAGUGCCUCGAGCGAUCAGGAUGGAGGAAGACGCGAUCCGCCUGCCGGCGCACCUGCGUCUGCAGCCCGUGUACUGGAGCCGGGACGAUGUGGCACAGUGGCUCAGAUGGGCGGAGAAGGAGUUUUCCUUGAGGCCCAUUGAGAGCAACACCUUUGAGAUGAAUGGCAAGGCUCUGCUGCUUCUGACCAAAGAGGAUUUUCGAUACAGGUCUCCUCAUUCAGGUGAUGUUCUGUAUGAACUCCUUCAGCAUAUCCUGAAGCAGAGGAAAGCUCGUAUGCUGUUCCCACCUUUCUUCCACCCUGGGAACUCUCUUCAUGCUCAGCCAGAGGUCAUAUUACACCAGAAUCAUGAUGAAGAUACCUUUGUCCAGAGGCCUUCAAGACCAUCCACAGAAGCAGUCCACCACAAUCCCCCAACCAUUGAACUAUUGCACCGUUCUAGAUCACCUGUCACCAACAAUCACCGUCCGUCACCAGAUCCCGAUCAGCGGCCACUGAAGUCCCCUAUGGACAACACUAUCCGUCGCCUCUCUCCUGCUGACAGGGUGCCAGGGACAAGGCAUCAGCAGGAGAACAACCACCAAGAGCCCUAUCCUCUCUCAGUGUCCCCAAUAGAAAACAACCACUGUCCACCUCCUUCUGAAAUGCUCCAAAAGCCUUCCAGCCCUCGUCAGGAGAACACCAGGGUCAUCCAGCUGAUGCCCAGUCCUAUCAUGCAUCCUUUGAUACUGAAUCCCAGGCACUCCGAUUUCAAACCAUCAAGGUUGUCUGAUGAUGGGCUGCACAGGGAGGUAAAGCCAAUCAACCUGUCCCACCGGGAAGAGUUAGCUUAUAUGAACCACAUCAUGGUGUCUGUCUCCCCUCCUGAGGAUCAUACAAUGCCAAUUGGAAGAAUAGCAGACUGUAGGUUGCUUUGGGAUUAUGUUUAUCAGCUGCUUUCUGACAGCCGGUACGAGAACUUCAUCCGAUGGGAAGAUAAGGAAUCCAAAAUAUUUCGGAUAGUGGAUCCCAACGGGCUGGCCCGUCUGUGGGGAAACCACAAGAACAGAACAAAUAUGACCUAUGAGAAAAUGUCCAGAGCCCUACGCCACUACUACAAACUAAAUAUUAUCCGGAAGGAGCCAGGACAAAGGCUUUUGUUCAGGUUCAUGAAGACCCCAGAUGAGAUUAUGAGUGGCCGAACAGAUCGUCUUGAGCACCUUGAAUCCCAGGAACUGGAUGAACAAAUAUACCAGGAAGAUGAGUGCUGAAGAGCAGUGGUGCAACCGCUUCUGUGGGCCCAUGGGAGGAGCACCUGCCUGGAUGGCCAGCAUGGUUUGGGAGGGGUAGCAACGCACAGAGCAGAACUUGGGGUUGCCACUUAGCUUGAAGACCGUACAGGACCUGAAGCACCUUAACAAGACAAACUAACAGACAGAAGUGGUGCUGGCAGCAAAAUAGAGGGGAGAAAGCCUGGACUUAUGCACUACUUCACUGUUCCUACAGAGUCUCCCUUGAGUUCUUUCUUUCUUUUUGGUUUGUUUCAGUUUCAGUUUUUUGUUUUUUUGUUUUUUUGUUUUUUUUCCCUUAAUAAACAUACAGUUUGACUUUCCUUAUCUCACAUAGGACAAGACGUCAGAUUUUUCUUUUUUUCUUUUUUCUUUUUUUUUUUUUUCUGAAGGCUUUCCUAUGGAAAUAGAGCAGUCAUUUUCUGUGCAAGUCUCAUGAUAAUAACACAGCAUAAAACAGUAGCAACACAGAGGGAUUUGCUCAAAGGUUCCAGUUUGUUUGGAUCCAUUUACUUGUGCUGCCACUGGGAAAUGUCUUGAAACUACCAAAAGAAUUUGCAACACAUAUCUAUCCAAUGAAGAGAAGUCACCCUUCACAUAUAGGCUGGGACGUCUUCCCAGAAUAGCCUGGGCUCACAGCGAGUCCUGCAAGUCACUGUUAACUACUGGCGUAUGGACCAAAACCAAUCACCUAAGUGCUCCGGGGAGGAGAAAAAUAAAUGUGACAGACCUCUGCAA